AUGCAGAUGUGGCCUUUCAAGUUCAAGCUAAUGUACCAACUGGAGUUGCGGUCAUCUUCGCUCGAGAUCAUGUUCUCCGUCAUCGACACCCACCCUGCUGCUAUCAGCUUUCACGCGCUGAUUCAAAACUACUUCUCCGUCCCCGACAUCCGCAACGAUGGCGUGACGAUUUCGGGUCUGAAGAACAUUGACAACAUCUACAAGAACGUCACGGGCGACGUGGUUGCCCACAUCAGGGGGUCGAAUAUCCCUCCUACUGAUCGCACUGUCUGGAACCAUGGAAACAGCGGUGCUAAGGACUUGGGUGACUUCGGGGACGAGAAGUACCUUCGCACGAUCGCCAUUGGAUCUGGAAAUGUUGCCGAGCUGGAAGAGCUUUAUCCUAGUCUGCGUUACGACCUGACCCAAGUCAUCACGGUCGCGAAGGCUUAG